AUGAAAUCCGUCAUUGAUCUGGAAGCCAAUCCCUCGGACACGGCUGUUGCUUUGCUUGCCGGUUUGAGGAGGGAUGCUGACGGUGUUUUCGGUUCACUUAAGGAAGAGCCUACCGCGUCGGGAAGAGUUUCAAAGACUUCUACUGGCAAGAAAAGGUACCAUACAAAGAGUCGGAAGGGCUGCGCCACUUGCAAGCGGAGAAGAGUGAAGUGGUAA